UCUUUUCUCUCCUAUUAUUUGAGUGGCUGCAGGUACUGGUGUCUGCCUCUUUGCCUCUGUGCUAGAGGGAUAAAGAGGGAAAGACAGAGGACUAGUGCUUCAUAUCCCCCCUCUGGCCUCCCCGUCUCCCUGCUCCCUGUCACUCCAUCCUUCCUUCCUCCCUCCCGGACCAUCCGUCAGCGGCUGGAUCAACCCGCCCGGACCCUCCUCCCACAACCCCUUUGACUAUCCUCACUUCACCGUCCCGUCUUGUGAACUGAGUGCAGGAAUUUCUGGUUACUGGGAGCUGAAGACUGGAUUUGGCAGUGCAGUCACAGACAAUCUUGGUCUGAAAGAGCAGAACCUUUAAAUACAAAUUUAAAAGUAAACCUCCUGUACAGAGAAACAGUAAGGAGUUGCUCAGGGUGAGGUACACUGGACAGACGGAACUCUCCCAAGUCUUCUGGAAGUGUGGCAGCACGUGGUCACAUGACCUGGAAGAGAAAACCCAAGAGACUUCUGGGAUCCCUCUCUGAAUGGGCCGGUUAUCAACCUGGAAAGAAGUCUAAAGGCUGAUGAACUGAUCCGCACAGCGACACAGCUGCGCUCUCUUUCCCUCUUCGUCUGGCCAAUCUCUCCAUUUAUGUCCUGAGAUCCACAACUUUCUGUAACUCUGGUGACUGGUUGGCUGCUGUACCAUCAUUCUCGUCCUACUCCUGGGGAUUUCCUGUCACGUGACCAUAUUCCUGAUUCACCUCCACUCCUAGUAUGGAACCCAACAAAGUCCAGUCAGAGGGUGGGCUGAAUGUGACCCUGACCAUCCGGCUUCUCAUGCACGGCAAGGAAGUUGGAAGCAUCAUUGGAAAGAAAGGGGAAACUGUGAAGAAGAUGCGUGAAGAGAGCGGUGCUCGGAUCAACAUCUCAGAAGGAAACUGUCCUGAGAGGAUCGUCACCAUCACUGGACCCACAGAUGCCAUCUUUAAGGCCUUCGCUAUGAUCGCGUACAAGUUUGAAGAGGAUAUAAUCAACUCCAUGAGCAACAGCCCAGCCACCAGUAAGCCCCCUGUCACUUUGCGCCUCGUGGUGCCCGCCAGUCAGUGCGGCUCCCUCAUCGGCAAAGGAGGCUCAAAAAUCAAAGAGAUGAGAGAGUCCACAGGAGCUCAGGUGCAGGUAGCAGGGGACAUGCUGCCUAACUCCACAGAGCGCGCAGUGACAAUCUCCGGCACCCCGGAAGCCAUCAUCCAGUGUGUCAAACAGAUAUGUGUGGUCAUGCUGGAGUCCCCACCGAAAGGUGCCACCAUUCCCUACCGCCCAAAGCCCGCCUCCACCCCCGUCAUUUUUUCAGGUGGCCAGGUAAGAGCCGACCCGCUGGCGGCGUCUGCAGCCAACCUCAGCCUUUUACUGCAGCACCAGCCACUGCCUGUUAGUUCACUCAGGCCUACACAAUUCAGGGACAAUAUGCCAUUCCACACCCAGAUCUCUAUUGUCCCUCCAAACCCUCAGCAGUUGACCAAGCUCCACCAGUUGGCUAUGCAGCAAACCCCCUUUACCCCCCUCGGACAGACCACCCCUGCUUUCCCUGGUCUGGAUGCCAGUCCACCGGCCAGUACUCAUGAACUCACCAUUCCCAAUGAUCUAAUAGGCUGCAUAAUCGGGCGCCAGGGAACCAAAAUCAACGAGAUCCGUCAGAUGUCUGGAGCGCAGAUCAAAAUAGCUAAUGCUAUGGAAGGGUCAUCAGAGCGCCAGAUCACCAUUACAGGAACCCCCGCCAACAUCAGCCUUGCCCAGUACCUCAUCAACGCAAGGUUCAGAGACGUGGCCGCCAUGUGGAAUGACCCCUCAUCAAUGACUACAUCCUGAAGCCCCAAACUGCUUUCAUUAUCUGAAGCUAUCAGCAGCUGAUUCCCAAUAAACAUAUAUAUAAUCUUCCUUUAGAACUCACCAACCUUUCCCUUAAACCCCAUGGUUAACUUCAUCAGUAGCUACGUUCAUGUAGGCAGACUACUGACAUUUAAAAAAAAAAAAAUGGUAAAAAAGAAAAGCAGGACAACUGUAGUAUGAUUUGUUCAUGUUAUGCAGUGUUUUAGUGUAGUAUUUUAGCAUGCCGAAUGCUUGAAUCUUGUUAAAUAUUUAUUUGAAUAAAAUGUAUUUUAUUUAUUAGUUCAGUAUGGUUGCUGCAUAAGUCUUGUAGUUUGACAGCAAAGAUAAAAAAAAAAAAAAAUGUAAAAGCGGAUUGCAUCCAAUAGCAUUUUCUGGCAAUGCUGUUGGCAAGGAGCUAGUGAUGUGAUGCAGAUGUUGUAACGAAGUACAAACGCAUGUCAGAAUUGAGGAGGUGCUGGAAACUGUGUUUCUUUAGAAGCGGAAGAGAUUUUAUUUUUGCAUUUGAUGGGAGCUUGAUUGUUUUCAGCUUAACUAAAUCGACGGUGAUGCAUGCUUAUUACUCGACACGGAGAGCAACAAGGCAGAAAAAGCUAUCAUUCUUGUACAGAAGUGUCAAAUGCUUUCAGAAUUAUUUUAUGUUAUUUAUUUUUUCUAUCUUUUCCUUACUCCUCCCCUUUUUCCUCUUCCCUUAACUAUUCUAGGCUGACGUCUGAGGUCACUGGAAUGGGCACUCUCUAAUUUCUACCCAUGAUCCUUCACUGCAUCACAUGACCCUUGAGCCAAUGGCAUUGCACCUAGUUUGUUUUCUCUCUGUACUUUUGCUGUCCUGUAUUUUCAGUAAUUCUGACUCAUUUCUAUUCUAUAAUGUGCACAUAUUACAAUCUCAGUUUGAUGUUUCUCCUACUCAACCUUUGUUGUGCUCCCGAUGGUCCUACUUUAUAAUUAUUUUAAAAGACACUUUACUUUUUUUUUACUCUCUAGUACCUCAUGUCACCGGUGUCCUGUUUUGCUAUCGCUUUCACUGUGAAUUCAUGUUUUCCGGUCCGUAUUCUGUGGUGUGGUACAGCAAAGCCAAUGAAAAUCCUCCACUUUCCAAUCUUUCAUUAGGUCAGAUUGAGUUUAAAGCAGCGGUCCUGUGCUUUGCACACCGGGAACCUUACAACAGUGCAUCUCAUACAUGAAUAAUGAAACCGACUGAUGGAGUUGGAAUGUUUGCACCACACCUGUACGAUUUGUUUGCAUCUGUCAUUGUGGCAUGCAGAGUAACACAGAGAAUCCAUUAUUAGCUUCUUGUAUUCACUUUCAGAACUGAGAGGAAGAAGAAAAUCAGUGUGAAAACAAACGAUAUGAGGAUGUAUAAGCCGCGCUCUCAGUUUUACUGCAUGCUGAGACAUUUCAAUUCAGCCCACAAUCUAAGUUUAAGUAAUUGAAUAUAAUACAGCAGAAUUAUUAAUAGGAUAUUUUUAUAAGCUACGUGUUUUUGCUGUAGUAUGAGAAAUACAGUGGCUUUAUUUCUUUGGAAGUGAAUACAGAUGUGCUGAUAAUGAAAUCCACCC